AUGGAGAGGAACGUGGUGCCAAAACGAUUGCCGAGAAACGUUGAGAUGGAGAGACGGCGCAGAUUAUACCGAAAUUUGAAAAUCGAGGAUGCUUUGAACGAGGUGAACGUCACGCCAAAGGAAAUGCUGCCUCCUUCCGCUAUUUCGCCGCUGCUGUCCACAGAAGAAAUUUAUGGCUUGUUCGCCACCACCCAUAUCCUUCCAUUGGAGAUCUUCGACGACGAGGAAUACGAUUGCAGAACAAUCGAGGAUUGGAUAAAUCUUGGCGUCAUCGAUGGGGAACGGUAUCCAUUGCCAGCCACGGUAUUUGUUCCAAGAUUUCAGGAGGAAGACGAGAGAUUUCAACAUAUAGACGACCUGACGGGGCACUUAUUUUCUUGGCACAACGCUGCAGUCACCAAUUAUGAUUAUAGGAAGAAACUGUGGACGGUGCUCACUCUGGAUGGAAGAAAGCGGAAGUAUUUCAUACCAAGAAUCUACAUCCGAUUUUAUGCUGAGGACCCUAGGAUUUUUGCCAAGAGAGUUGCCGUGGCUAUCGAAAACAGACGAAUCGCAGAGGCAUCCAUAAAGUAA